ACUUUGUGUCUCUGCCCGCAGUGGGGGUGGCAGGCUGGAAGUGCGUCCUCCUCCGAGUUGUCCUGCUGCUUGCAAAGCACCGACUCUUCUCUGCAGACAUGGCACCUGUUGUCCAAAUGUUUGCUGUCCUCAUCGCAUCAACGUUCCUACAAACUGCGACAUCGGCCCACCUCAAUGAUACUAUUUUCGCAGUGACCGUGAGCUCCCAGGUAAAAGGAGGGGAACAGGCGACCCUGUGUGCCCAGAUCCACGGUCCUACAGAACCCGUCUCUCUGACCGUUACCCUCGAGAUGGCCUCUGGCAGCAGCAUCAUCCUGGAGGAGGCUGUGAAACAGGACUUUUACCGCUGCUUGAACUUCCAGGUGCCGAUAGUGCAUGCCAGAACUGUGGCAGCUAUUAAUGUCACUCUUCAGGGUGAGAGCGCCUCAUUGAGCAAGAAGGCCAAAAUCCUCAUUGCGCCUCCUGUUUUUAUCCAUAUCAUCCAGACUGACAAACCUAUCUACAAACCAGGACAGACUGUCAAGUUCCGAAUCGUCUCUAUGGAUACCAAUUUCAUCCCUGUAAAUCGAGUGUACAAAGUGGUGGAGCUCCAGGAUCCCAAUUCAAAUCGCAUUGCCCAGUGGUUGGACAAGACUGUUGUUAGCGGCAUCCUUGAUCUUUCCCACCCCAUGAUUCCUGAGGCAGUACAAGGACACUACGUGAUCAGGGCCUCCACAGACAAAGGAGAGCAUAUAUCUCACAGCUUUGACAUCAAAGAAUACGUUUUGCCAAAAUAUGAAGUAAAGGUUCACCUACCAGAAGUGAUUACCAUCCUGGACCAAGAGGCAACAAUGAAGAUUUGUGGAAAAUACACCUAUGGGAAGCCAGUUAUUGGUUCAGUGAAGGCUGUGUUUUGUAGAAACGCUAUCCGGUUUUACUGGUAUUCAAGGGUCCAAGGAAAUGACCUCUGCAAGACAUAUGAACUGACGACUGAUAAAAGUGGUUGUGCAGCACAAGUUGUGAAUGUGACAGAGUUUGCCCUCAACAAGAACAUGUACGAUGACAGCUUUGAUGUGAGUGCUGAGAUGGAGGAGUUUGGCACAGGGGUCAUUCUCAAAGGCAAUGGACAGACUAGCUUCAGCAGUCACAUCAGAACCGUCACCUUCGAGGAUGUACCUACAGCGUACAAGCCUGGCAUCCCGUUUGAAGGAAAGGUCAAAGUGGUCGGUCCUGACAACAAACCUGUCACUAACGAGGCAGUGUACCUGUUUGCUGGAGAAUCGCAAAACUUAACGCUUACUACAGACAUGAAAGGCAUGGCUUCAUUUUCUCUGGACACCACCCACUGGACGGACACUGUGAAUCUAAACGCGAGGUCCAGGAAGAAGGAGGAGCAUGAGCCAUAUGUGGCCAACCUCCGUAGACCAGAGUACAGGUCAGCCUACCAUCACGUCGCUGCAUUUUACUCCAAGAGCAGUAGCUUUGUGAAGCUCAUGCAGGUCAAUGGAAAGAUCUCUUGUGGCAAAGAUGCGCUUGUGCGUGCUCAGUACAUCAUCCAGGGGGAGGAGCUAAAGAAGGGGCAGGAAGGUCUCGACUUCUUUUAUCUGGUGCUGUCCAGAGGUGGAAUUGUGCAGCAUGGUCGUGUCCCAGUGGCUGUUAAAGCAGGAUCUGUCAACAAAGGAGAGCUAUCCAUAUCACUCCAUCAGGUUACAAACCUGGCACCAUUUGCUCAAGUGGUAGUCUACACUGUGAUGCCCAGUGGAGAGACUGUGGCUGAUAGUCAGGACUUCCCUAUUCAGCUCUGUCUCAAUAAUAAGGUUUCUCUGAAGUUCUCCUCCCUCCAGGAGCUUCCAGCAGAGAAGACUACACUCAGUCUCGAGGCUCACCCAGGCUCCCUGUGCUCUGUCAGAGCCAUCGACCAGAGCGUCCUUCUGCUGCGUUCAGAGCAAGAGCUCACUGUCGACUAUGUGUACAGCCAGCUGCCUUUGCAGAAGCUGACAGGAUACACCUAUGAGGUUGAAGACUUUGAGCCAUAUCCCUGCUUCCCCUUGCCAGUGCCAGAGCCUGAGAUCGAACCUGAACCUGAACCUGAACCUGAACCUGAACCCAAACCCAAACCUGAACCAGAACUAGAGAUGGAGCUGGAGGUGGACGCAGCUGGUCGAGCGAAGCGCUCAGUCUUCUUUGGACCACCUGAUCAGAAGAAUGAUGUCUACAGCAUUUUUAAAGAAAUAGGAAUCAAGAUUCUGACUAACUCUGAUGUGAAAAAACCUUAUAACUGCUUUGAAACGCACGUGGACUUUCUGUACUAUGGUUCUGAUGUAUUGGACUCUCCAGUUCCCAUGGCCUUCAACAUGAUGCCACAGAGUUCAGGUGGUGUGCUGAGAGGUAAAGAGGAGACGAAGGAGACCGUCAGGGCAUUCUUCCCUGAGACCUGGAUUUGGGACCUGGUUACUGUGGGAGACAGUGGGUCAGUGAAUGUAGAGAAGACAGUCCCUGACACCAUCACAAAGUGGGCAGCUGGAGCUUUCUGUGUCUCCUCGGUGGGCUUUGGCGUGUCGCCCAACACGGGACUGACUGCCUUCCAGCCGUUCUUUGUCAGUCUCACCUUGCCCUACUCUGUCAUCCGAGGGGAGGUGUUCACACUCAAAGCCACUGUCUUCAACUAUGUCUCCAAAUGCAUUAUGGUGCAGGUAACACUGGCGGAUUCAGACCAGUACACCUUCAGAAACUGUGAUGGCUGCCAGUACAGUGUGUGCCUGUGUGGGGAGGAGAGCACGACCUUCUCAUGGAUUGUCACUCCAACAGCCCUAGGUCAGGUGAAUCUGAAGGUCAGAGCAGAGGCCCUGAAGACUGAUGUACUAUGUGGCAAUGAGGUGGCUGCCGUCCCCGACAUGGGCCGAGUCGACACAGUGAUCCGCACCCUGCUGGUGGAGGCUGAAGGAACACCACAGAUGGUCAGUCAUAACGCUCUUCUAUGUCCUGCAGAGGGGCCUGUGGAGAAGAAAAUCUCUCUUCUGAUGCCUGAGAUGUUUGUUGCUGGAUCAGCCAGGGCCUCUGUCUCUGUACUAGGCGACCUGAUGGGCCGGGCCAUGAAGAACCUGGACAAGCUGCUGGCUAUGCCGUAUGGCUGUGGGGAGCAGAACAUGGUGCUGUUUGCUCCCAACAUCUUCAUCCUUAACUACCUGAAAAGCACAGGUCAGCUGACCAAGGAGAUUCAGGACAAGGCAACGCGCUUCCUGGAGAGCGGAUAUCAGAGGGAGCUUACCUACAAGCAUGAUGACGGCUCCUACAGUGCCUUUGGGAAGAGCGAUGAGUCUGGAAACACCUGGCUGACCUCUUUUGUGAUGAAGUCCUUCGGCGGGGCGAGACCGUACAUCUUUGUGCUUCCCAAACACAUUGAAGAUGCCAAGACGUGGCUGUCCAAACUCCAGCGGCCUGACGGCUGCAUCAGAUCUGUGGGGAAACUCUUCCACAAUGGCAUGAAGGGCGGAGUGAGUGACGACGUGUCCCUGACUGCCUACAUCACCGCCGCCCUGCUGGAGCUGGACACCAAUGUCACGGACCCAAUGGUUCAGAACUGCCUGAGCUGUCUCAAGGAAGCAGUGGGCGGGCAGCUGGACAACCUGUACACCACUGCCCUGCUGUCCUACACCUUCACUCUGGCUGGAGAUGAGGAGAUAAGGAGCAAACUCAUCACAUACCUGCACCAAAAGUCCAACACACAGGGAGGGACCCGUCACUGGGACAGAGCAGGGGCUUCUGGGAAAGGCCUAGACUCUCUGGAGGUGGAGAUGACCUCGUAUGUGCUGCUAGCUCUCCUGUCCGGACCGGCCAUGCCAGAGUUUGGUCUGGAUUACUCCUCUGGCAUUGUCCGCUGGCUCGCUCAGCAGCAGAACCCGUACGGAGGAUUCUCUUCCACACAGGACACCGUGGUGGCCCUCCAGGCUCUGGCUAAGUACGGCGCUGCCACCUACAGCGCGGAGGGCAGCACUACAGUGACCGUGACAUCGUUAGGGGGCCUGAACAAAGAGUUCACGGUGGAUCAGAGCAACAGGCUGCUGUACCAAGAGGAGAAGCUGAGCGAGGUCCCCGGAGAGUACACAGUCGGAGCCCAGGGACAGAGCUGUGUGCUGGCACAGAUCUCCAUGCAUUACAACGUUCCCCCUCCCCCUGACUUCUCUGCCUUCAACAUCUCUACCAGCACAAUGACCAAGUGCAACAUCAGCAGGCCUCAGCUCAUUCUCUUUGUGCAUGUCAGGUACCAGGGCAGGAGAGAGGAAACAAACAUGGUCAUCAUCAACAUCAAGCUGCUGUCUGGAUACAUUCUGGAUAAGAGCUCACUGCAGCUGCUGAAGAAUGACCGCUCAGUGAAGCGUGUGGACGUGGAGGAAGGAUUCAUCAACAUCUACUUGGAUGGGCUGAAGAAGGAUGAGACAAAAAUCUACAGCGUGACAGUAGAGGAGGAUGUGCCUGUCAGGAACCUGAAACCAGCUGUGGUCAAAGUCUAUGAUUACUACCAGACAAGUGAUGAGGCAGUCACUGACUACAUGUCCCCCUGUGCAGAGAGCGACACCGUCAACGAGCUGUAAAGUCCAAGCGGAAAUGCUGAAGAAAGCCCUGACGGGACUUGUUUCAGUUGGAAGAAUCACUGUAUCAGAAAAAGAAACCUAGAUGUUCAUUUUUUUUUCUUAAACUGUCCCUUUUUUUUGUUUUUUUUUUAAUUUUAUUUUUUUUACUUCUUUGAAACCAUUUUAGUUCUGUUUCAAUGCAAUUGAA